AUGGGGCUGUUGACCAUGGCUGUCUCCAUCAAGUCCUUGAGGCCGACCUGCAACAGUGAGACCUGCGGCUACGCGACGCCGUCGCAGGUCGCCUUCUUCUACGCCUCCCUGUACGUCAUGGCCGUCGGUGCCGGUGGAACCAAGCCCAACAUCUCCACCUUUGGCGCCGAUCAAUUCGACGACUUCGACCGCCACGAGCGCAAGCUCAAGGCGUCCUUCUUCAACUGGUGGAUGUUCAGCUCCUUCUUCGGCGCGCUGAUCGCCACGCUUGGCCUCGUCUACGUCCAGGAGAACGUCAGCUGGGGCGUCGGCUAUGGUAUUCCCACCACCGGCCUCGUCGUGUCGCUGCUCAUCUUCUACGCGGGCGCGCCGAACUACCGUCACAAGGCUCGGAAGGCCGAGAGCCCGGCCAGGGAGAUUGUUAAGGUUUGGACUACGGCCUUCGCGAACCGGCGGUUUGAACUCCCCGACGACCCGGUCGAGCUCUUCGAGCUCGAGCCCCGGCAUUACCUGCUCACCGGGAAGCGGCGACUGCAUCACAGUUCUUCCUUCAGGUUCCUUGACAGGGCGGCCAUCAAGGAAGGGGCGUAUCCCUGCACGGUGACGCAAGUCCAGGAGGCGAAGCUGGUGGCGGGCAUGACUCUGAUCUGGUUCGCUACCCUCGUCCCCAGCAUCAUCGCAGCGCAGGUCAACACCCUCUUCGUGAAGCAGGGAACCACCCUGGACCGCCAACUCGGCCAGGCCUUCCGCAUCCCCGCCGCCUCCCUCGGCAGCUUCAUCACCAUCUCCAUGCUCCUCGCGGUGCCGUUCUACGACCGUUACUUCGUCCCCUUCAUGCGGCGCCGCACCGGCAACCCUCGCGGCAUCACCAUCCUACAGCGCCUCGGCGUCGGCUUCGGCUUCCAAGUCCUCGACGCCCUCGUCGCCUACGCCGUCGAGCUCCGCCGGAUGCACGUCAUCAGAAAGCGCGCCGUGGCCGUGCCGGGGGACACCGUGCCCAUGAGCAUCUUCUGGCUGCUGCCGCAGUACGUCCUGCUCGGCGUCGGCGACGUGUUCAACGCCAUCGGCCUGCUGGAGUUCUUCUACGACCAGUCGCCGGAGAGCAUGCAGAGCCUGGGGACGACGUUCUUCACCAGCAGCAUCGGCGUCGGCAACUUCCUCAACAGCCUCCUGGUGACGGUGGUGGACAGGGUGACGAGGGCGGGCGGAGGGAAGAGCUGGAUAGGGAACAACCUCAACGACUCGCACCUCGACUACUACUACGCUUUCCUGAUGGCCAUAUCGGCCAUCAACCUAGCCCUCUUCCUCUGGGCGUCGAGCGAGUACGAGUACAAGGAGGAGGCGUUGGAGGUUACAGAGGCGAAGGUGGUGUGUGUGCAGAUGGAGGGCAUGCUCGUGGAUUCGCCUCCAGCUUCGUCGGAGGGUCGAGUGAGACAGUGAGUGCAAUUAAGCAGCAGGAGUUGCUUUAUUAGUAUGCAAUUCCACAUCGCACUCAACACUUGUUGCUUGGCUUUUAAUCCUUUUGUAAUUUCUCCUAUUAUUGUGAUUUACACUGAUAACGCAAUUGAGUAUUUUCUUUA